GCGGGACCCUGAGCUCGCCAGUCUUAUGAGAGAUGCUGAGGACAUUACUGCUUCUUGCUCCUCUCUUGUUGGCCUGGUCCUGCCAGGCCGCUACGGCGCCAUCAUACACAACCAGAUGGGACACAAUCGACAUCGAUCAGAUCCUGAAGAACGACAGGAUUCUCAAGAAGUAUAUCGAUUGUCUCAUGGACAGAGGAAAAUGUUCUCCUGAUGCGCAAGAACUUAAGAAAGUUCUUCCAGAAGCUAUGCAGACUGAAUGUGCGAAAUGUACUGAUGCCCAGAAACGAUUGGCUGGAAAGAAUUAUUAGGAAAAUAUGACCCCAAAGGAGAAUUCAGGAAGAAAUAUGAAUAUGAAGAUAAAUAGUUUAAAGCGGCCAAUAUAUUUUUUUUAUUUUGUGUGUUUUUGAAAAAAGUGUAGAUUGUGAACUUUUAUAUUAGUCUUAAGAUAUAAAUAAUUAUUAUUACUGGUGAAUAACUAUGGUAUUUGGAUGAAACAUUUAUCAGAAAUUCUCCUUAUUACUUUUUAUGCUGUCAGAUGUUGCAAAGAGCCACAAGGCUGGAACAAGCAGAGGAAGGGAGAAAAUGGCAAAAUUUGGAGUUGAGGGAAAUUUUAUUUUACGGAAAAAAAAAAUAGAAUGCAGUAAUUCUGUUUUUUUUUAAAUCUUAAUUAAGUUACAUAAUAAAGAUUAAAUGUAAUGAGAUUAUGAUAAUUAUUCGAAUUAUGUUACCUAAAUUACUGUUGGAUUGUCCUCUCUGACCAAACUCCUAAUUCUAUUUCAGAUCAACUAUACGCAUACAGCUAUGUGUUAUUUAAUAUAACUAUAAUAAUAUAUAAUAUGAUGAAUAACUAUAUUAAAACAUGGUAAAAUACAUUAAAUUACAAAGUAAAGAAAAUUUAAACAUU